AUGCCAUGCGUUGCGAGCGCUCUGCACGCGCCCAGUCGCGCUGGCGGCAAGAUGUGGACGGCGAGCAGCCAUGCUCGCGAUGCGCCGGGGGGUGGAUGCGCUGUCGGUCCCGCAAUGUCUGUGCGGAUUGGCGACUGGAAAAAUGUUGACGGCGGAUGCCAAAGAGGCGGUCAGACAGGGAUUCGCGCCAUCCGACGUCUGCCCGCCGCUCGCAGCCUCGUGGUGCACGGCAUUGCACCAGCUCAUCGAGGCGUCCUAACUGUGCUUCCAUUGCCGACCCUCCAUUACGGCGGGCACCUCCACAGAACCAACACACAGCGUGCGAGGGGCGAGCGCGUCCGGGCCGUGCCUGACAAAUGGCUUGACAACUGGCACUGCAGCACGGCGGCGGCAUCCGUAACGACCGGACCCUGCAUCUGCAUACCCGCCCGCUGCCAGCCAAACGGUAGAAUUCGCGUGCUUGUGCAACCUCGUGAGUUGCAGCCACAGCUCCACAUUUCGAGCUUCAUGCAGAUCGCAUCAUGGGCCACGGCGCACGCCAUGUCGCGUCGACUCGCAAAGCUGUUCGCAGCAUGCAAACUCUUCGUUGACCUGGUGAAUCGCGCGGCGCUCAGUGCAGUUGCUGGUGCGUCCUUUUCGGAUGCCCGAAGAGCGCCGAUGAGGCGUCAGGGCGAGUCGAAGUGCGCAUUUGGCGCGGCGGGAGUGGUCCGCACUGGGUUCUUCGCAGGGCUGUCGAAUAAUACACAUGUGAUUUCGCGGGGCAAGAUGGAGCCAGUUGCCAUCCGCUGA